AUGAGGGCACGUGUAAUCUAUGACUUUUCGGCACAAGCAGAAGGCGAACUUAGCGUCGCCGCUGGAGAAGAAGUAACUAUAACAGACCAGUCCGUUGGUGCAGGCUGGUGGCGUGCUCAAAAUGAUUUUGGACGUGAUGGUCUUGUUCCUUCCUCGUUUGUGGAGCCGUUGGAUAUUCCAGAACCUAAUAUUCCGCCACCUCCUCCACCCCAGUUUCCCUCUUAUUCAGAUACGCCCGCAGCUCAAGAUUGGGAUGAUGAUUGGGAUAGUGACGAAAGCGACCACGGAAGCAUGUCAGCUAGAGAAACGGGAUCCCUCACUGUCAAGGAUAAUUACCUCGUUGGACUCAAAGCUAACACAUGUAAAGGGUUCAUGUUGAGUUUCAUUAUCCUCCUCAUGCAAGCUAAUCCAACCAGUUGGAAGUAA